AUGAACCUCAACGUCGUCCUGGGGCAGCAGCUGCCGCCAGUGACCCUCUCCCUAGGCGUCGCUUCGGUUACACUGAUGUGCCUGUGUUCGCUCGAAGUCAUAACGCCUUUGGACCUCUACCUGAACUGGAACCUAGUCCUCUACGAGAUGCAGUUGUGGAGGCUUGUGACUUGUUUCUUGUUCUUUGGGGACUUCGGGCUUGCCUUCUUCUGGAACAUUCACGUGCUGAUGCACUAUCCUGGGGUCGGCGGACUGCUGUUCUCUGGAGGAUGCCACCUUCCAUGGAAAGACUGCGGAUUUCUUGUGGAUGUUGAUCUGUGGUGCGGCUUUAAUGCUAUGCCUGACGUAUAUGUUUGGGAGUGA